AUGAAGUUCACUCUCAUCGCCGCUGUUGCCGCAUUCGUGGCCCCCAUUGCCGCCGGCCCUGCCGCUUCCGCCCCUGCUGAGGCCUUCGCCAUGCAGAAGCGUGCUACCAUCUCCAUCCCCACGUCCAAGGGCUCUGUUACCUACAAGAAGGCCCAGACUGUCUCCGGCACCUUCGACGGUGGUCUUAAGACCUACGGCCGUGGUGUUUCCUGCACUGGUCAGGCUGAGGGUGGCGACGCUGACGCCGUCUUCAUCAUCAAGAACGGCGGUACCCUCAAGAACGCCAUCAUUGGCAAGGACCAGAUCGAGGGUGUCCACUGCGAGGGCUCCUGCACCAUCGAGAACGUCUGGUGGGUCGACGUUUGCGAGGACGCUCUUUCCCUGAAGGGUGACGGUAACGCCCUCGUUAAGGGUGGCGGUGCUCAGUCUGCCUCCGACAAGGUUGUCCAGCACAACGGUAAGGGAACCGUCACCAUCGACGGCUUCCAGGUCUCCGACUUCGGCAAGCUCUACCGUGCUUGCGGUAACUGCAAGAACUCUGUCUCUCGCAGCGUCGUCAUCAAGAACGUCAAGGCCUACUCUGGCAAGCUCCUCGCCGGUAUCAACCCCAACUUCGGCGGCACUGCCACUAUCUCCUCCACCUGCGCUUCUUCUGUCAAGGCCAUCUGCGAGGAGUUCAAGGGCACCACCCCCGGCAACGAGCCCAAGUCCGUCUCCAAGGGCCCCUCCAGCUACUGCAAGUACACCGCCUCGGCCAUCAAGUCUUGCUAG